AAAUUUACAAAUUCUGGCACGCUGAAUAGAAAUAUUAGGACCAGUUCUAGUAGAAUGCCAUUCUUUCUUGGGAGGAACAACAUUUAAAGUAUAAUUUAUGAAAUUUUUAAGGAAAGAAAAUGCAAAGAUGGCAAUGGCUAAAAGUAUAAGCAGUGGUCUAACCUCUACAGUCUCCUUGAACGCUGAGCAGGUAGAGUCAUUUUUGAACGCUGAGCAGGUAGAGUCAUUUUUGGUACUUACAUUUGUUCACAAUGUUGCGGUGACUGAACUUGCUUUUUCUUACAUGUUGUGAGAUCGCGAUUUCACUCUACUUGAGAUCCUAAGUACCUAGUACGCGUGACUGUGCUCAUCUACUUCGCAGAUGUAGUUGGUCCUAUAAGUAUCUCAGGCUUCAACAUUCCUGAUGAAAUAAGUCUUCUUCGAACUACAUCUUCUAUCCAUAUGACUUGUAGAGCAUAAAAAUGGCGAAUGCCUACAUUCGUGAACCGGAUACCCAUGGGGAGGUCAUUCUCCACACUACCCAUGGUCCUUUGCAGAUCGGAUUGUGGUCUAAGGAGGCGCCUAAAGCAUGCAGAAACUUCGUCCAGAACUGUCUGGAAGGUUACUACAACCAAACGAUUUUUCACAGGAUCAUCAAGGACUACAUUGUGCAGGGAGGCGAUCCACUUGGGACCGGAAAUACCUGCGAAAGUAUAUUUGGCGAACCAUAUCCGACUGAAAUACAUGGAAGAUUGCAAUUUCGAAACCGAGGAAUGAUCGCUGUUGCGAAUGCAGGUAACUCUAUUUCAUUCGGCUAGAAAAAAUCAACAGCCCUAGCGGUUACUUUUUCGUCGAAUUUCUCUCAAGGCGCAGGCUUUUUGUCCUGCCGAUUGAUAUUCGUUGUUGAAGAAGGUCUGGUCAAUAUUCUCACUUUGACCAAUCUUCAAUAACACAUUUCUCUACCCCAGGCAAGCACACGAAAACGAACGGUUCUCAGUUUUUUUUCUCUUUGGGCUCUGCACGCGAGUUGAAUGGCGUGCAUACUAUAUUUGGCAAGGUGAUUGGGAAUUCACUCUACAACCUAGUCAAACUCUCCGAAACUGACGUGGACGGUAAAACCGAUCGACCCAUAGAACCGCCAAUAAUCACGCACGUCGAAGUCCCCAACAAUCCCUUCGACGACAUCGAUAUCCGACCUGACGUGCAGCAGAAGAACCUGCAACUGGCGUUUAGUGGGGAAAAGCAGGCAGCAGUAGUUGGGCAAGCGGAAAAACCGAAUAGAAUUAAGGGUUGCAAGUUGACAUCUCUAUGCGCAUCUCUAUGGCUUCUUCAAGUAGAAAAGCCAUAGAUAUGCGAGCUAGAGAUGCCAACUCUCAACCUCUAAUAGAACGAAGAUUGCGAUCACGAAGAACAAAGCGACCAUUGCCUUAGGAGGAGAAAGUUCCAGUGAAGACGAAGAUGCUGAUUCAGAUGGAGAUGAUAGAAAGAAGACUUCUAGUAAAGCUAAAGGAGGCUCUAAGGUAAAAGUAGGAGGGUCCCCUUCUUCAUCUUCUUCAGAGGGCGAAAUUAAUGUCGACAAGGCAGCCCGACUAAAUGCGAAAUCUUCAAACAAGAGAAACUUCAAGAUCAAGUCAGCACACGAAUUAUUGCAAAAUGAUUCCCGGUUGAUUGACCAAAAGGCGUAUGACGACAACGAGCUGGAGGAAAUAGAGCGAAAGCGACAGGAAGCCCUUCUUGCUGGUGGAGGGUCACCUUCAUCUUCCAAGAAGGACCUGGCAGGAGCACCAGGUGGAAGGAAAAAUAGACCAAAAGGACUAGUAGGCAAUGGCACUGCAGCAGGUCUAGGAGGUGAUGACGAUGAUGGAGAUGAUGAUGAAUUAAACGAUGAGGAUCUCUUACAGCAUGCGAAUGGAAAGAGCAAGAAACCAUUGACGGCGGAGCAAAAAGCACGCGAGGAAGCCCGGAAGAAGAAGAUUGAGGAACUGAAACGUGGUAUCCACGAAGCCAGUGGUGCAGGCCAAGAGGCGAGAGAGAAAGCCAAGGCAGAACGCAACGAACUCUCAGCGCAACUAUUACAGGGCUUUACGAAAGGCAUCAAGCGGAAAGCCAACAUUGUAAGUGCAGUCGAUACCCUGUUUAACUUUGAGGAACGUUUGAAAAAGAAGAAGGAGGAACAAGAGAAAAAGCGAAUGGCAAAGAAAAAGCUAGAAGUACCACGUCGUGACAAAGAAGAAGGGGAUAAACAUAAGAAUAAAGAAGAAGAAGAAGAAGAUGCUAGAAGAAAAGAACAAGAUGACGAAGACUUGAGUUCAUCAUCAUCUGAAGGAGGGAUAGGGUUUCAACCUAAAAAGAAAAAAAACAAGCCAGCUACUACAACUACAAAGGAUAAGAAACUAAGUGGCGAUGAUCACGCUGAUGAGGAGGAUGAUGACGAUAGUUUUGCGCUGACCGGUGGAUUGAAGUUUGACCAUGGUGAUUGAUGAAUAUAUUCGCAAAAGAAAAUCUCUGAGGCCACCUCUCCUUGUCCGAGGUACCCUAGACGACCAGCCACGAGUGUAACCCACUUGAUUCCUACUCUCAACCGUGUCUGUAAGACAACCGCAUGUCACGACUUUAGCGAUGACGACAACUAUCUUUUUC